AUGGCCGCCCAGAAGAGAAUAGGCCUCUCCCAGGUCUCCCUGAUUUUCGCAUGCGGGACGGCGUUGUUUUCAGAUGGCUAUGCCAACGGCGUCAUUGGAAGUGUCAACACAUUGCUGACCCGUAUCUAUGGCUCCGCGGAAACUAGCAAGCACAAUUACAGCAAAGUUCUUUCUAGCCUGGCCUUCGCCGGAACUGUCGUCGGCAUGCUCGCGUUCGGAUAUCUGUCCGACAAGCUUGGUCGAAAGUUUGGAAUGAUGUUGGCGACUGGCAUUGUUGCCCUGUUCUCAGGAUUGUCCGCCGCGUCCAGCGGCGCCAAUCACAGCACUUACGGUAUGCUGGCUAUGCUCAGCGCAUGUCGGUUCCUACUUGGCAUUGGUGUAGGCGCUGAAUAUCCGUGUGGUUCCGUCGCUGCUUCUGAGCAGUCUGAAGAGCCCGGCAUCAGUAAGAAUGCCCAGCACAGAUGGUUCGCUCUUGCAACCAACACUAUGAUCGACUUUGGCUUCGUGGUCGCGGCCUUCGUCCCUCUUGUUCUCUACUGGAUCUUUGGCGAGCGCCACCUUCGUGCCGUAUGGCGUCUGUCUCUCGGUCUUGGGGUAGUUCCUGCCGUUGCAGUAUUCCUGUGGCGACUGCGGAUGGCAAACCCGACGCGCUAUCAGAAAGACUCCAUGGUGCGUGUGAGGACGCCGUAUUUUCUGAUCAUCCGCCGUUACUGGAGAAGCCUUUUGGGCAUUUGCAUCUCCUGGUUUAUCUACGACUUCAUCACGUACCCCUUCGGUAUUUACUCAUCAACCGUUGUCGACAACAUCACCCACAAUUCAGACGCUUUGAGUGUUGUGUUCGGCUGGAACGUUGUUAUCAACUUGUUCUACAUCCCUGGCACUGUCAUUGGUGCCUUCGUCGUCGACUACCUUGGGCCCAAGUAUACUAUGAUUGUCGGUCUAAUCUCACAAGCCAUCAUCGGCUUCAUAAUGAGCGGUCUCUACGUACAAUUAUCCAACCACAUCGCUGCCUUCGCUGUCGUCUAUGGCAUCUUCCUGAGCUUCGGUGAGUUCGGCCCCGGCAACUGUCUCGGUAUGCUCGCUGCGAAGAGUGGUCCUACCGCUGUCCGCGGCCAGUUCUACGGUAUUGCUGCCGCGGUAGGUAAGGUCGGUGCCUUCGUCGGUACUUGGGCUUUCCCUGCCAUGAUUGACGACUUCGGCGGUAGCGGCAGCACCCGCGGUAACACCGGUCCCUUCUGGGUCGGUAGCGCUCUGGCUAUCGUGAGCGCCCUCGUCACAUUCUUCUUGAUCCGCCCCCUUUCACACGAUGGCAUGACGGAAGAGGAUCACAAGUUCCGCGAAUAUCUGGAGGCGAAUGGCUUCGAUACCUCCCUCAUGGGCCUCGGCGAGACGGAGAGCUGGCCGUCAUCCGAAUUCGAGAAGGACUCAGCCUCGGACCAAAAGGUCGUCACCGCGUGA